CCCACACCCCCUCCACCCCCACCCCCUGCCAUUGCGUCACUUCCCCCCGCCGCCGUCCGGCGCGCUUCCGCUUCCGGCGUGGCCCGGCCGGGCAGUGACGCUCAGCGCUGGCGGAAGCUCCGGCCGCGCGGCGGUGGAUGGGGGAGCCGCAGGCAUGGGGGAGCUGAGCGACCUGGACCGGCAGAUCGAGCAGCUGCGGCGCUGCGAGCUCAUCAAGGAGAGCGAGGUGAAGGCGCUGUGCGCCAAGGCCAGGGAGAUCCUGGUGGAGGAGAGCAACGUGCAGAGGGUGGACUCGCCCGUCACGGUGUGUGGGGACAUUCACGGCCAGUUCUAUGACCUCAAGGAGCUGUUCAGGGUGGGGGGCGACGUGCCCGAGACCAACUACCUGUUCAUGGGCGACUUCGUGGACCGCGGCUUCUACAGCGUGGAGACCUUCCUGCUGCUGCUGGCGCUCAAGGUGCGCUACCCCGACCGCAUCACGCUGAUCCGCGGGAACCACGAGAGCCGGCAGAUCACGCAGGUGUACGGCUUCUACGACGAGUGCCUGCGCAAGUACGGCUCCGUCACCGUGUGGCGCUACUGCACCGAGAUCUUCGACUACCUCAGCCUGUCCGCCAUCAUCGACGGCAAGAUCUUCUGCGUGCACGGGGGGCUGUCGCCGUCCAUCCAGACGCUGGACCAGAUCCGCACCAUCGACCGCAAGCAGGAGGUGCCGCACGACGGGCCCAUGUGCGACCUGCUCUGGUCCGACCCCGAAGGUGAGCCGUUAAUUACCUUCAAUUAAUCAUUAAUUACAUAA